AUGACCGUGAUGGGAGUCAGCGCCGCAUGUGAAGGCCUCCAUAAACAUGAAGACAAGGCCCCAAAGAGUGAUGAUGACGAUGAGAAUAUUGUUGAGGAUGCGGAACGUUUUAUGGUGAUAGAAGAUUCGGCGGUAGAAGAAGAGGACACCGAGCUUGAUGCAGCUAGCUUUGGUCUGGCUGUCUUGACAACCCACCUUGCCUUGGUUUGCGACGCGCCAGUCAACAGUCGGUUCACUGUCUCUGCCAAGCUCUCCUAUGACGGCCGCUUUUCACAGAAAACGAGACAGUCAGCACAAGCUUUGCGACCUUUGCCCGCUCGGACUAGGGCGGAGAAGUUCGCUCUCACCGGUGAUUUGGGUAGCAGCUUGCGCGAAGACCAAAAGGCAAGAAAAAGCAAUCAGCCAAUCAUCGAUCCCCACAAAGCUGGGCUUGAGGCGAAGGCGCACGAAAAAUCUCAAGCAUACCGCUACCAGUCCAAGUAA